AUGGCCACAAGAUGCUUUUGGUAUUGGACCAUUUUGCUCUUCUGCUCCCUGCUGCUUCCCGGCUACGCCCGAGCUUCCUCUCCAGGCGGUGCCAAAGAGAAAGAGCUCUCCCAGACUCCCACCUGGGCCGUUGCUCUCGUCUGUACCUUCUUCAUCCUUGUCUCUGUUCUCCUCGAGAAGGGUCUUCACAGAGUUGCCACGUGGUUGUGGGAGAAGCAUAAGAACUCUCUGCUUGAAGCCUUGGAAAAGAUUAAGGCCGAGCUGAUGAUUCUAGGAUUCAUUUCCUUGUUACUCACCUUCGGAGAGCAGUAUAUUCUCGAGAUUUGUAUCCCUGAAAAGGCUGCUGCAUCAAUGCUACCUUGUCCAGAUCCUUCUUCUACGCAUGACCAAGACAAGACCCACCGCAGACAUCUAGCUGCUGCCACUACCUCAUCCCGCUGCGAUGAGGAUCAUGAACCACUCAUCUCUGUCACGGGUUUGCACCAGCUACACAUCCUAUUGUUCUUCAUGGCUGUCUUUCACAUUCUCUACAGUUUCAUCACCAUGAUGCUUGGCAGGCUCAAGAUCCGUGGCUGGAAAAAGUGGGAGCAGGAGACGUUUUCUCAUGAUUACGAGUUUUCAGUCGACCCAUCAAGAUUCAGGCUCACUCAUGAGACGUCCUUCGUUAGACAACAUUCCAGUUUCUGGACAAAAAUCCCCUUCUUCUUUUACGCUGGGUGCUUCCUACAGCAGUUCUUUCGAUCUGUCGGGAGAACCGACUACCUGACUCUGCGCCAUGGUUUCAUCGCUUCCACUUCUAUGGGCAUCAUUCGUGCUUUUCUUACUGCUGAAUGCUGGGAAACAAUGUUUUGGGCGUCAAUCCUGCCUAUAGUUAUCAUUUUAGCUGUCGGUACGAAGCUUCAAGCGAUCCUAACAAGAAUGGCUCUGGGGAUCACGGAUAAACACGCAGUUGUCCAAGGGAUACCUCUUGUGCACGGUUCAGAUAAAUACUUUUGGUUUAAUCGCCCUCAGUUGCUGCUUCAUCUUCUCCACUUCGCCUUAUUUCAGAAUGCUUUCCAGAUAACAUACUUCUUCUGGAUCUGGUAUUCCUUCAAGCUAAAAUCUUGCUUCCACAAGGAAUUCAAACUUGUCAUCGUAAAACUCUCUCUUGGCGUAGGAGCUUUGAUUUUGUGCAGCUACAUCACGCUUCCACUGUACGCGCUAGUUACUCAGAUGGGUUCACACAUGAAGAAAUCUGUGUUUGAUGAGCAAAUGGCAAAAGCGUUGAAGAAAUGGCACAUGGCUGUGAAGAAGAAGAAAGGCAAAGCGAGAACGCCACCAACAGAGACCCUUGGUGGCUCUGGCAGUGUCAGUACCUCUACUUCAGCCUUUCACGCCUCUGGAGCCACUCUACUCCGCUCCAAGACCACCGGUCACUCGACAGCCUCUUACAUGAGUAAUUAUGAAGACCAAAACAUGUCUGAUCUUGAAGCUGAGCCAUUAUCUCCUGCACUGAUAGAGGGGCACGCUAUCGUCAGGGCUGGAGAUCAGCCCAGAGAGAUGGAACAUGCUGGAGAAGUGGAGAUAAUAGCCCUGGAAACCAACUCUCCCUGUUAG